UCGGCGCGACCCGGACGGCGACGACAGCCCUCACACCCCCCCGCCAUCACCGCUUGCUCAGAGGCCGUGUCAGGCCCGCCCCGCGCCUAGUAAUCCGUGGUGAAAAGGAUGAACAAGCAGUGUUGUGCAGCAAAGAUAAAACUUACGACAUGAAAAUAGCAGAUACCUCAAAUAUGCUGCUGUUUAUUCCUGGUUGCAAAACUCCAGAACAACUGAAUGCCGAUCAAGCAUCUUGUAAUAUUAUUCAUUCACAGAUUGCUGGUUUCUCCAAUAGCUACUGGGAAUUAAGGAGAUGUCGACCAAAACUAAAGAAACUGAGGAAACUUUUAAUGGAAGAUCCAUAUGAAGGGCCAGAUAGUCAGAACGAUCAGACUUUAACAUUUUCAAAGUAUACAACGGAAGAUUUGUUAAGUCUGAUUCAAGCAAGCGAAGAAGAAAUAAUGCACCAAUUGCAGGUUAUAGAUGCCUGCAAAAUUGGAGGAUAUUGGAGAAUCCUAGAAUUCGACUAUGAGAUGAAACUGUUGAAUCAUGUGACUCAACUAAUAGACUCAGAGUCCUGGUCUUUAAGUAAGGUUCCUUUACGUACCUGCCUUGAGGAACUUGGAUGUCUAGAGCCCACAGAGAUGAUAGAACAUAUUCUUUUAAGCUAUGGAAGGAAAUACAUUGAUGAUGGGGACGUUUACUUUGAAAUGCAUGAAGAUAAAAUAUGCAGAGCUAUAGCACAAAUGCUUUUGCAAAAUGCAGUUAAAUUCAAUCUGUCAGAAUUUCAAGAAGUCUGGCAACAAAGUGUCCCUGAAGGGAUGACAACAAGACUUGAUCAGCUUAAGGGCUUGGCACUUGUGGAUAGAACCUCAAGGCCAGAGACCAUCUUUCUGCUAAAAGUGGAAGACUUACCUGAAGACAAUCAGGAAAGAUUCAACAGCUUAUUCAGCAUACGAGAAAAGUGGACAGAAGAGGAUAUUACCCCCUAUAUACAAGAUUUAUGUGCAGAGAAGCAGACAGUUGGUGUUCUUCUGACAAAAUAUGCUCGCUCCUCAGUGCAGAAUGGUGUUAAAGUUUAUAAUUCUAGAAGACCCAUCUCCUAACAAUUAUUGUUUUAAGAACUGAGAAUACUGAAUGGAGUGAGUGUUGCUUCUUACUUCCUCCUGAGGACGUUGUCAACCAGUAUCAUAUGGUGUUCUUGAGUUUAAGCAGCUAAACCUCUUGAAUGAGUUCUGUUUUCUGCUCAGCUAAAGUAGUAUGUGAGGGCACUUGCCUCUUCUAAGAAACAGCCCUUGCCCACCAUUCCUUGCCCACCUUCUUUUUCCUUUGUGCCUGUAGUUAUGCCAGGAGUCAAGCUACUUCUUGAAUACAUUUUAGUUGUGUAUAAGUAAACUGAAGUCUGACAUUAAAAAUUAAAACCUCUUUGAUAAUAAUUGAACCAAUUGUAUCGAUUUCAACAGCAAAAUAGAAUACUUAGUCUUUUGCCCAUCAGUGAGCAUUCUUAAAAGAUUACAGUUUCGUUGCAGUGUUGACAUUUUGAAUACUGCAGACCUUGACAAGCUCAUAAACAAGUUAUUCCUCGCUGAGACUAAACACUAGUCUUAAUUUUGGAAGGCGGUUCUUUUUGUGGUCAUGUCUGUGAAUAACAUUAACACAGGCUCUUGAGACUUCUAACACUUGGCAGAAUUGCCUUUUAAAUAUUACAAAAAACCAAAUUGCAACUGAAUGAAGAUAUGAGAAAAUAGUUGGACAUUGUCUUAUACACUUUCUGUAAACUGACAUUACAAUGUAGCUGAGGUAAAACUAACGAUUUACAGAAGACUACCUUUGCUUAUAAAACUUUGUAAUAUAAUUAUUUUAAAAAAAACUUUGUUAUGGCAAAUAACUGCACACAGAAAUUGUAUUGAAAACUUGAGGUGGAAUAUUAUUCUGUGUAGAGCAAUGAAACAGGAUUUUUUUAUGAUACUGUCAUAAAGUGGAGUGCCUGAAAUUGAAAUUUUGUAAUCAUAAAGAAGGAUUGCAUGUCAGUAAACUAGAGUUUAAUACUAAAUUGUUUUUUUUAAAACUUAAUAAAUGUAGGGGGGGGUUAUGCAAAAAGAAUUUGCUGUAUCAAACUCAGAUGUAAGGUCUGAAAAAUCUUGGAACUACUAGCAUGCCAAAUACAGGGUGAGUGGGGAAAGAAACUAUACAUCAGAUGUAACUCUUAAGAUGGAUGUGUGCAUCCCUGGAAUCUUGUUAUAGAUAAAAAGCUGAAUAAAAAUUGCUGCCUGA